AUGUCGACUCAAGGAGGAAACACUCAAGGAGGAUGGGGUAAUACUCAGGGAGGAAACACUCAAGGUGGAGGUGGUGGUGGUAAUACCCAGGUGGUAAUACUCAGGUGUGGUAAUACUCAGGGUGGAGGAUGGGGUAAUACCCAAGGAGGGAACACUCAAAGCGGAGGUGGUGGCAAUACUCAGGGAGGGAACACUCAAGGCGGAGGUGGUGACAAUACUCAGGGAGGAAACACUCAAGGUGGAGAUGGAGGGAAUAUCCAAGGUGGAAACACACAAGGCGAAAAUGGAGGUAAUACAAUAGGUGGAAACACUCAAGGUGGCGGAGUUGGCAACACCCAAGGAGGAAAUACUCAAGGUGGAACAGGGGGAAAUACCAUAGGUGGAAACACUCAAGGUGGCGGAGUUCGCAACACCCCAGGAGGAAAUACUCAAGGUGGAACAGGGGACAAUACCAUAGGUGGAAACACUCAAGGCGGAGAUGGAGGUAAUACCAUAGGUGGAAACACUCAUGGCGGCGGAGUUGGCAAUACCCAAGGAGGAAACGAAACACUCAUGGCAGGCGGAGUUGGCAAUACCCAGGACGGAAAACUAAAGGUGGCGGAGUGGGCAACACCAAAGGAGGAAACACUCAAAGCGGAGAUGGAGGAAAUUACCAUAGGUGGAACACUCAGCCGGCAGAGUUUGGCAACACUCAAGAGGAAAUACUCAAGGUGGAACAGGGGGCAAUACCAUAGGUGGAACACUCAAGGCGGAGAAUUGGAGGGCGGAGAUGUAGGUAAUACCAUAGGUCGAAACACUCAAGGUAGCGGAGUUGGCAAUACCCAAGGAGGAAACACUCAAGGCGGAGAUGGAGGGAAUACCCAAGGUGGAAGCAGUCAAGGCGGAGAUAGAGGUAAUACAAUCGGUGGAAAUACUCAAGGUGGAACAGGGGGCAAUGCCAUAGAUGGAAACACUCAAGGCGGAAAUGGAGGUAAUACCAAAGGUGGAAACACUCAAAGCGGUGGAGUUGGCAACACUCAAGGAGGAAAUACUCAAGGUGGACCAUGGGGCAAUACCAUAGGUGGAUACACCCAAGGCGGCAGAAUUGGCAAUACCCAAGGAGGAAACACUCAAGGCGGAGAUGGAGGGAAUAUCCAAGGUGGAAACACUCAAGGCGGAAAUAGAGGUAAUACAAUAGGUGGAAAACACUCAGGCGGAAAUAGAGGUAAUACAAUAGGUGGGAAACACUCAAGGUGGUGGAGUUGGCAACACCAAGGAGGAAAUACUCAGGUGGAACAGGGGGCAAUACCAAUAGGUGGAAACACUCAGGCGGAGUGGAGGCGGCUAAGUUCUGGCAAAUACCUGAAUGGAGGAGGUAAUACCAUAGGUGGAAACACUCAAGGCGGCGAAGUUGGCAAUACCGAAGGAGGAAACACUCAAGGCGGAGAUGGAGGGAAUACCCAAGAUGGAAACACUCAAGGCGGAGAUAGAGGUAAUACAAUAGGUGGAAAUACUCAAGGUGGAACUGGGGGCAAUGCCAUAGGUGGAAACACUAAAGGCGGAGAUAGAGGUAAUACGAUAGGUGGAAACACUCAAGGUGGCGUAGUUGGCAACACUCAAGGAGGAAAUACUCAAGGCGGAGAUGGAGGGAAUACCCAAGGUGGAAACACUCAAGGCGGAGAUGGAGGUGGAAACACUCAAGCUGGCGGAGUUGGCGUCACUCAAGGAGCAAAUACUGAAGGUGGAACAGGGGGCAAUACCAUAGGUGGAAACACAGAAGGCGGAGAUGGAGGUAAUACCAUAGGUGGAAACACUCAUGGCGGCGGAGUUGGCAAUACCCAAGGAGGAAACACUAUAGGUGGCGGAGUUGGGAACACCCAAGGAGGAAACACUCAAGGCGAAGAUGGAGGUAAUACCAUAGGUGGAAACACUCAAGCCGGCGGAGUUGGCAUCACUGAAGGAGCAAAUACUCAAGGUGGAACAGGGGUCAAUACCAUAAGUAGAAACACUCAAGGCGGAGAUGGAGGCAAUACCAUAGGUGGAAGCACUCAAGGCGGCGGAGUUGGCAAUACCCAAGGAGGAAACAUUCAAGGCGAAGAUGGAGGGAAUACCCAAGGUGGAAACACUCAAGGCGGAAAUGGAGGUAAUAUAAUAGGUGGAAAUACUCAAGGUGGCGGAGUUGGCAACAUACAAGGAGGAAAUACUCAAGGUGGAAGAGGGGGCAAUACCAUAGGUGGAAACACUCAAGGCGGAGCUAAAGGUAAUACCAUAGGUGGAAACACUCAAGGCGGCGGGCGGGCGGAUUGGCAAUUAACCAAGGAGGAAACACUCAAGGCGAGGAUGGAGGGAAUCCGACAGGUGGAAACACUCAGGCGGAAGAUAGAGGCUAAUUGCAAUAGGGUGUGA